UUAUUCACCCAACAAACCUGCAAAGUUUACUACAGGGUGUACAGAAAAGUGGUCACUUUGACUUCCAUCUGUCUGAUCGUAUGCCUGCCUGGAGGUCACUCCUCCAAAGUCAGCUGAGUUUGUAGUCUUUGGAUUUGCAUCAUAUUACAUGCCAAUGAGUUUUAGGGAGUCCAUUUCUUCAGAGAAAGAAGACAACAUGAUCAAAUCAAGGUUGUUUGGCUAUUAGUAACAAUUAACAAUUAUAAUUUUCAAUUAUUAACAAAAUUACAAGUAAAAUGAAAAUCUAGAAAUCAGGACCUGAUCAUGAAUCAUUAGCUAAACAACUUAAAGUCUGUCACGUAUUGUCCUGUAAAUGGCAGCCCCAUAAGGGGGUUGUAUUAUAGAAAUAGAUCAUUUGAGCGCUGGCGUUCGGCAACAGCAACUCUGCACACAUCGAAUAAAGAGACAACUUCUCUCUAAAAUAUGAGGAUUUAUUAACAGAAACAAUUCAACUUCAAGUUAAAAUAUUUCAAUAAACAAACUCUUUAUUUGGUUAGAAUAAUUCAAAUAAACUCCCAGGAAAAUCAAGGAAUAAAGAAACUAAUAAACUAUAGAACAAUGAAGGAACAAGGGAACCAAUAAAAUGAUGCACUGAUGUCACCGUUCAGUGUGGAUAUUCAUGUUUAGGAAACAAGAUUUAUUUUGAGGAAUUCGGGUAUAUGGGUUGUACCAGUACCCAUACCAGUACUAGUAUGUGUUUUUAUCCAAAUGAUCUCCACCCCUAUGGGUCUCACAAACACAUGACGGUUGGGCUGGAAUGUUCUUCAGCCAGAAAUAAGGUUCUGAUGGAAAUUAAUAGUUGAGACGAAACCUUAAAUCAAGUUUAUAUAAUGGAAACAGACAAACGUAACAGAACCAGGCUAUGUACAUAUUUUAUGUCUGGGCCUUUCUGACGGUCCAAACAGGCCCCGACUUGGACUCAAAUUUUACUGUUUGUGUCCUGAAUUGUUUGUGUUUUCACAAUUUCCUUGUUCUUUAGGUCUCGUUAUCUUCAGUUUAUUUCUCUGUGUUCAUUGAGGUCUUUCCAUAUUAAUUCAUUCCUUUGUGUUCCUUAGACAGAAAAACAUUUGAUCCAAUUUGAAUAAAUAACUGAAUCUGACUUCACUGUUCAAUGGUUACGAUUAAUUGGAAUGAACCUGACGACAUGUGUUGUGAAUUGGCGCUAUAUAAAUAAACUGAAUUGAAUUGAAUUUAGUUUCUUGGUUUACUUCGUGUUUUGUUCUCUGGACAUUUAUUUCUCUUAGAUCUCUAUUUAUUUUUUCUCCUUGAUGUUCAGCUUCCUUUGUGUUAAAUAGUCUCCCUCCCUCAGCUUCACUGCCUUCAUCCCGCCACAGCUGCUCCACAUCUCCACUGAUUAACUCAUCUGGUGCCUUUGUCAGUUUCCAUCCCUGCCUCAGUGUCUAAGCUCCUGGUUUUCAUUGCUCCUCUCUGGAUCUUCUCUUACACCGCCUGAACUCCAUGAACACGUUUUCAGGCAAUAUUUGCAGAGUGAAAACCAAGAAUAUACCGAAAAACAUGGAUUUAUAGAAGAAAUCAGAGAAGUUCCUGUAAUGGUUGUGUUUUAAAUAUAAAAUGUUCUCUGUGCUGAUUUACCAGGAGAGCCUUCAAUCUGAGCACUUUCUUAUCCAAAUGAUGAUAAUGACAGCAUUAAGCAAAUAACUGUGAGCUGCUGGUGCAGAUCGCUCAUACUGUUUCCACUCAACCUCUUCACUCUAUGCAAAAACACCUGAGACGGAAGUUCAGCUGAAGGAGGAGAAGUUGUUUCAAAUAGUGGAGAAAAAACCUUUAAAUGACAUCAGAUUUAGAUGUUUCUCAUUCAGCAGCUACUUUUAUCUAAAACAUGCAGGACAAGGUUGGAUCUUUUGCUUUAGGGGUCAGACCUGAGAGUCAACCAUUAGGUUUUCCAGUUCAACCCUUUUCUCACCUCAUUUAGCUCUGGUUCCUACUGGUUUCUGACAUCUUCUUCCCCUCCCAGCUGCAUUUGAAUGAAUCGUUAGGUAUGUUUUCUGUUUGCAUCCAGGAUCGACUCUCAGCAUCUUUUAACCAAAUGGGCUCUGAUUAAUGUCUGUGUCUGGUUUUACAUGCAGCCCUCGGAUCAAAGAGGACUGGAUGGACAGACGUGGGACUGGGUGGACAGACGUGGGACUGGGUGGACAGACGUGGGACUGGGUGGACAGACGUGGGAUGGGAUGGACGUCUGGAAGGAUUUAUAAAAGACGGAUGGUUUAGACGCUUUGCUCCUCAGGAUGAAAUCUCUUCUUAUUCAGAUCUCAGUCAUGAAGAAACAUGGACUCCUCCUGGUGAUCGCAGGUCUCCUGGCCAUCUGUGAUCUUCAGUCGGAUCAAACCAUUCAACAGUUCCGAUACGUUGGCCUGAUGAAGAACUGGAAUGAUGCUCAGACCUACUGCAGGGAGAGGUUCUCCGACCUCGCCACCAUCCAGAACUCUGCCAACAGCACCAAAGCCCGGCAGGCAGCAGGAACCUCCAAGUUCUGGAUCGGACUCUUUAAUGGCACCUGGAAGUGGUCUAAGGAUACGACCCGCUCUUUGUUCGCCAUAUGGUCCAGCUAUGAGCCACGGGGCGGGAAUUGUGUGACAGUCAAUAAAUUUGGGUCCUGGUCCACCAAUGACUGUGAAGAGCUGCAUCAGUUUUUAUGUUAUCAAGGUGAAGCUCUCCAUAACGUCCUGGUGGACCAGAAGAUGACCUGGUCGGACGCUCAGUCUUACUGCAGGUCCAAAUACACAGACCUGAGCAGCAUCAGAACUUAUGCAGAGAACUCUGCGAUGACUCUUCUGCUGCCUUAUUGGACAGACGAUGCAUGGAUUGGUCUGUACAGAUCCGACUGGGUCUGGUCAGAUGGCAGCAGCGCCUCCUACCGGGUUUGGGCCACUCAGGACUCGAUUGAACAGGCGAACUGUGUGAUGGUGGACUCUUCUUCAGGUAGCUGGUCCCGGCGGCCCUGCAGUGAGAACUAUACCUUCCUCUGCAGCACAGGUGGGUUUUCCUUCAGCAUCUCUGCAAGCUAUGAUCCUGCCAAGCUGAUGUUAGCCGGUGUUUCUGGGUCUCCCUGCAGAAGUCAUACCUUCAGUGAUGAAGUCGGUGAAGAUUCGGCUGAAGGCAGCAUCUGCAGACCUGAACGACCCUGUAGUGCAAGAAUCCAUCCUUCAGCAGCUGAAGCAGAAGAUGGAGGACCAAGGAGUAACAGAGGAGGUGAAUCUGAGGUGGAAGGUCCAGCCUGAGGGGAAGGUUUUCCACCGAGAGGACAAGACAGCGCCCCCUAGUGUCUGCAAGACGGACACGUGUGACACAACUUAACACCAACAACUAAUUAUUUCCUUUUCCUAGUUGCUGUUGGGUCAUUUUCUUCUCAUAGGUCUUGCUUUGCUUUUCUUUAUUACUAUUAAUUCUAAUAUUAUUCUGUGAUAUUUCUUUAUAUGGGAAAUAAAGUCACCUUCACAAUUAUUAUUAAUAAUUAACAUUAUCUUUCAUUAAAGCAGCUUAAAAAAUCCAACCUUUCACUUUGUUCAAUAGAGAAACAUGUUAUUAAGAGACAAUAACUUUAUUACCAGAUUAGCAUCACCUACACCAAUUCCUAUGGAAUAAACUGAACUGAAGCUUUUAUCAGAAUCUGAUAUUCUGAUUAGUAAUCCAUGGCUUCCUGAGGUUUAAACAUUUUGUGACAAAAGGCCCAUUUAUUUCUGGAAUCAGGGAUGAUGACAGAAACACUCCAACAGAGUAAAGAAGCUCUGGACCACAUCCUAGCUCCUAGCUUCCAGCUUCUGCAGUUCCUCAGGCAGGUAAGAAGGAUGGGAUUUAUGAUGGCAAUGUUAGAACGACUCUUUGUUGCAUUGAUUGAUUCAUUGGUUCUGUGAUUGGAUCUGUUGAUGCAUUUUUGUUCAUUUUUAAACUCAUUGUGCAUAACUCAUAAAUAUCUUGAGCUUAGGAACUUCUUAGUGAGUGAAGGAUUUAUUGUUUUGAUCUCAUUUAAAGGUUUAAUUACAUUCACAAUUUGUCUUUGAUUGAUAAGGAUAAACCUGCAAAUUUAAUAAAAUAGUGAUUAAAAUAAGUUGCCAUAACUGAAACAUCGGAAUGAGGAGCACCUCCAUUCUUUUUAUUCUUCCUUACUGUAAGUUUAUCAGUGGUUUUCCAGAGUUUUCUAUUGUUCCUGUUUCAUUUUUAAUCAUAUCUAAGAAGAAAUGUGCUUUUGCUCUGUAGUCACAUUAUUCCUGAGACUUGUAAAUAUCCUUUGAUAUUUAGGCCUGAUUUUAAAGUCCAUACUGUGUCAUUAGGAGGGUAAGCUCUAUUUUCCUUUGUGCUUGUAUAACAAGGCUUUUGGAUAGUUUCAACAAACUGAUUUAAUUAUUGAUUGAUAUUAAAUUACCUUCACAGUUUGUGACCAGAAUUAUUUCAUUACAUUUUACAUGUUAUAAUUCAAAUAAAUAUCACCAUACCUGAAAUAUGACACUGAUUAAAGUGUGAGGCCUGAAUUAGUCUAAGAAAGCUGGUUGAAACUGAGGAGGUUUCUGUAAUUCAGGACAUCCAAUUAAAACCCGCAUGUUCCUCUGACAUCAGUAGAAAUAUGGACAUCAUUUUUAGGAGUACUAAAACAAUCCAAGUAAUAUGAUGAUGCUAGACAUCAUGUGUGGAAGUUAGAAACCGGGAUAUUCAUCAGAAGAGACGUUUAGGAGCCUUCAGAAGAUCUCAGAAUAUCUAAUAAAAUCACAUCCAAAUAAUCUACUUCCUUCAUAUGAGAUAAAAACAUUUUUUCUCAUUAAGAGAUUCUUGAAAACAAUUCAAAUAUUAAUCCAACACAACUAGUGGUUGGUAGGGUGAGUGUCCUCCUUCAUUAAUGCUACAGAGACCUGCAGAGGUUUAUCUAAAGCUUGGUUCACAUCAUCAACACGUACAUCUGCUGAGACUGACGGCCGCAGCGCGGACAGAUGGAUGCCAACGCUGGAUUUUAACCGUCCAAUCAGAAGUCACAACUUCACACAGAUUAAUAAUUCUUUAAUCUGCAGACAGAUUAUUUGACGUAAAAACAGACUGAAAUAUGAAAAUAUCACAGUUUGCUUUAUGAGAUGAAUAAAUGUACGUCGGGACUGUCGCCUCCUGACAUGAGUCGCUUUUCUAUUUCUAGAUAGAAACAGAAAACCUAGAAGUGAGUAACUGUUU